AUGAAGUUCAACCUUCUCGCCAUGCCCAUUGCCCCCCACAUCAUUCUGCGCCCCUUUUGCAUUAGCCCCGUUGGCCGCCGUCUUGGACGGCAUGCCCGGUUCGGCUUCCGCGCGAGCUCCGCCGAGGCAGUUAACUGGGAGAAGAAGCAGGAGAUCAGCAACACGAGGGAUAAGAAAGCCGCGGAGGACACCGGGUUGAAGGCUCUGUAUGAUGAUGGGUUCGGGAGCGUCACCAUGAAGGAUUACCUAGAGGCGGUUAGGAACAUGCCCAAGGACGACGGCGGGCCACCUCGAUGGUUCUGCCCCGUCGAGUGCGGCCGGCCGGUGGUUGCUAAUCCACCUCUGCUGCUGUUUUUGCCAGGAACCGAUGGUAUUGGAAUGGAACUCAUUUUGCAUCACAAAUCUUUGGCCAUGGUAUUUGAGGUGCGCAGCUUACACAUACCAGUGCAUGAUCGUACGCCAUUUGAAGGGCUACUACAAAUUGUGGAAGAAUGUAUCAAAUAUGAGAAAGCUUUGUCACCAAACAAACCAAUAUUUGUAAUUGGAGAUUCUCUUGGUGGAUGCUUGGCACUUCCGGUGGCAGCUCGCAGUCCAAACAGUGAUUUGGUUCUUGUACUAGUAAAUCCAGCAAUGUCAUGUGCCAAAACUACCGUACAAGCAAAGUUGCCUCUUUUGGAACUAAUGCCAAGCAACCUUUCAAUUAUACAUCCGCACCUUCUAAGAUGUUUGAUUGGAACCGAUGGUAUUGGAAUGGAACUCAUUUUGCAUCACAAAUCUUUGGCCAUGGUAUUUGAGGUGCGCAGCUUACACAUACCAGUGCAUGAUCGUACGCCAUUUGAAGGGCUACUACAAAUUGUGGAAGAAUGUAUCAAAUAUGAGAAAGCUUUGUCACCAAACAAACCAAUAUUUGUAAUUGGAGAUUCUCUUGGUGGAUGCUUGGCACUUCCGGUGGCAGCUCGCAGUCCAAACAGUGAUUUGGUUCUUGUACUAGUAAAUCCAGCAAUGUCAUGUGCCAAAACUACCGUACAAGCAAAGUUGCCUCUUUUGGAACUAAUGCCAAGCAACCUUUCAAUUAUACAUCCGCACCUUCUAAGAUGUUUGAUUGGUGAACCCCUUAAGAUGGCCAUGGUGAGCAUUCAAAAUGACCCUUCUCUUCAAGGGGCUCUGCCAAUGUUUUCACAAACUCUUAGCUCUAUGCUAACUUUAACUUCUGAAAUUGGACAUAUCAUAGAAAUGGAUACUGUUGUGUGGAGGCUCAAGCUUCUUAAGUCAGGUGCAGCCUAUGCCAACUCUCGUCUUCAUGCAGUACAAGCGGAAGUUCUGCUUCUUGCCAGUGGCAAUGAGAACCUUCCGCCAAGUGGAGAAGCAGAUCGACUGUUUAAGACGCUGAAAAAUUGCAAAGUUAGAUACUUUAGGAACCGGGGUCACACACUACUAAUGGAGCAAGAUUUUAAUCUGCUAACUGUCAUAAAAGGGGUCAACAUGUAUCGCCAAGGCAAAAAACGGGACAUUGUGACCGAUUUCCUUCCACCUACAUUUGCUGAGUUCAAGAAAUCAACUGAAGAUUUCAAACAACUCAAUGAAUUACUAAGCCCAGUUAUGUUGUCUACUCUGGAGACUGGAAAAAUUGUUCGUGGACUCACCGGUAUUCCUGACAAAGGUCCUAUCCUGUUUGUGGGUCAUCACCAACUCCUAGGGAUAGAGGUACCUUCACUUUUUCAAGGGUUCUUGAAAGAGAAGAAAAUAACUAUCCGAGCAUUGUCCAACCCAGUAUUUUUUGUUGGAAACAAUUGGGCUUUGCGUCAGGAGUUGUCUCUAUUCGAUGUAGUAUCCGUAUAUGGCGGAGUACCAGUCAGUCCAAUCAAUAUGUAUAAGUUACUUGAGAAAAAUGAAUCCGUUCUCCUCUAUCCAGGCGGUGCGCGGGAAGUUCUGCAUCGAAAGGGUGAAGGCUACCGGUGUUUUUGGUCAGAUAAACAAGAAUUUAUAAGAAUGGCUGCCAGAUUUGGAGUUACUAUCAUACCAUUUGGUUGUGUCGGAGAAGAUGACAUUUUGGAGAUAGCUAUAGAUUACAAUGAUCAAAAGAACAUCCCUUAUCUCAGAGACUGGAUAAAAUCAUUCAAUGCAGAUCUUCCAAGUGUAAGAGAUACUGUGAUUGGGGAGGAUGGGAACCAGGUCUUGCAUCUCCCUGUCGUUCUCCCUAAAAUACCAGGUCGCUUGUACUUCCUGUUUGGCAAGCCAAUCGAGACGAAAGGAAUGGACAAUCUCCUGAUGGACAAGAAACUAGCAAACGAUCUCUAUCUACACACAAAAUCUGAAGUGGGGAACUUAGUGUCUUAUCUUAAGAGGAAGAGAGAAGAAGAUCCUUACCGAAGUAUAAUGCGUCGCACUUUGUACCGGGCCAUUUUGGGUGCUUCAGCUCAAGUCCCUACUUUCAAGCCCUGA